AUGGCCCAGUCCUUGUGGGGCUACGACAGCGACAACGGACCCGAGCGCUGGCACGAAAACUACCCGCUGGCCAAGGGCGACAAGCAGUCCCCCAUUGAGAUCAACAGCAAGGACGUGCAGCACGACUCCUCUCUCUCCUCCUGGCACGCCAGCUAUGACCCCGGGGCUGCCAAAACCAUCCUGAACAACGGGCGCACCUGCCGCGUCGUCUUCGACGACACUUUUGAUCGAUCAGUGCUCAGAGGGGGACCGCUCACCGGCGCCUACCGCCUGCGCCAGCUGCACCUGCACUGGGGCUCCUCCGACCUGCACGGCUCCGAGCACAUCAUCGACGGCGUCAAGUAUGCAGCAGAGUUGCAUAUGGUACACUGGAAUCCAAAACACGGUAAUUUUGCUGGAGCUUUAAAACAACCUGAUGGUGUAGCUGUUGUGGGCAUUUUUCUGAAAGUAAGUGGCAAAUAUUCAGUCUUUAUAAUUUUUCUAAUUCUUGAAGAAAUUGAAAACAUUAAGACCAAGGGGAAGGAGGCUCCUUUUCAGCACUUUGAUCCUUCAAUUCUUUUCCCUAAAUCUCGGGACUACUGGACCUACCACGGUUCGUUCACCACACCCCCCUGUGAGGAGUGCAUCACUUGGAUUCUCCUGAGGGAGCCCAUUGAAGUCAGCUCAGACCAGAUGGCAAAGCUCCGUAGCCUUUCCAAGAAUAGUGAGAAUGAACCCCUGAGCCCUCUCGUUGACAACUGGCGCCCACCACAGCCUCUGAAGGGCAGGAUAGUGAGAGCCUCAUUCAAGUAA